UCUGCGGCAUCGCAAAAAACCCCUCCGUUUCCUUUUAUUUGUAAUGGCCGUUAAGGGUUUCAGAUACCUAAAACCCGCACAUUUUGGAGCUGCUAAAUGGGAGACUCCACCACCUGGCAGCUGCUGACCCCCCAGAACACCCCAGCGAAGGACAGAACGCGGGGGGGACGGGGCAGCCCGGGCUGUCGGCACGGACACGCCUGGGCAGUCCUGCCCUUAAACCCCUCCGCGACCACCACUCGCCCGGGGCCCCCGUAUCCCCGUGUUCCCGUCUCCUGGUGUCCCCGCCGCCGGCAGCAGCUGCCGCCCCCCUCGGCCGCGGCGGACGGAAGAGGAAGUGGCGCCGCUGCUGGAGCCGGCGGCGGUGAAAGGCUCCGUGGCGGCCGUGGGGAGCCCGAGAGCAGCCGAGGCCCUUCCCCGAGCAGGUGUCGGCGGCUGAGGAAGAUGAGGGCCGCCGGGCUGCUGUGGGCCGCCCUGUGGGCCCUGCUGCUCCCGCCGGUAACUGCAGAUGAGGGGAUCCUGCAUGCUUCUGGAAGUGGUGUACCUCCAGUAACAAAGGAUUACUGCAUAAUUUACAAUUCUAGUUGGUUAUCUCUUCCAAAGAGCCUGGACAAUGCUACUUUCAGCACUCUGGAAAAUCUGACUUCUACAGUACUCUGCAAUUAUUCUGAAGUUCCUUCUGGCUUAAUGAAGGACAAGGCAGUUGCAGUGAUGAGAGGAAACUGCACUGUCUUGGAGAAAGCAAAAAUAGCACAAAGUUUGGGUGCUAAAAUGCUCUUGGUUGCCAGUAAAUCCAGGCUGUCUCCUAUUUCAGAUAACAAGACUGAUUUUGAAGAUGUGACUAUUCCAAUUGCUCUUAUAAGAUAUAAUGACAUAGUAGAUAUGCAGCUGACACUUGGAAAUGAAGUUAAUGUGACUCUGUAUUCACCACCUUUGCUGGAUUUUGACUGCAGUAUAGUUGUCAUCUUCCUAAUUGCUGUGUUUACAGUGGCACUAGGAGGCUACUGGAGUGGAGUAGCAGAACUUGAGAAUUUGAAAGCAGUAGCAAGUCCUGGGGAGAGAGAAACAAGACAGAAGAAGGAAGAAAAUGUUACUUUCACCCCUAUGACAGUUAUCUUGUUCGUUGUCAUCUGUUGUGUCAUGCUGGUCUUACUUUAUUUCUUCUACAAAUGGUUAGUUUAUGUGAUAAUAUCAGUCUUCUGCUUGGCAUCUGCAACGAGUCUGUACAACUGUCUUGCAGCAUUAAUAGGACAUAUACCAUUUGGGCAGUGCAGGAUUGCAUGUUGCAACAAAAGCAUUGAAGUCAGGCUUAUUUUUCUUGCUGCGUUCUGCAUAGCAGCAUCUGUCACCUGGGCAGUGUUUCGAAAUGAAGAUAGGUGGGCUUGGAUUUUGCAAGAUAUUUUGGGAGUUGCUUUCUGCCUAAACUUUAUUAAAACACUGAAAAUGCCCAACUUUAAGUCCUGUGUGAUACUUCUAGGCCUUCUCCUUUUAUAUGAUGUGUUCUUUGUCUUCAUAACACCAUUUAUCACAAAGAAUGGGGCAAGUAUUAUGGUUGAAGUUGCAGCUGGUCCUUUUGGAAACAGUGAAAAGUUACCCGUGGUUAUUAGAGUGCCUAGACUUGAAUACUCUGCAUCAACACUCUGUGACUUGCCAUUUUCAUUGUUGGGUUUUGGAGACAUUAUUGUGCCAGGGCUUCUGGUUGCCUAUUGUCGAAGAUUUGAUGUUCAAACACGUUCACCCUCUAUAUACUACAUUUCCUGUACAAUAGCGUAUGCCAUUGGUAUGGUGCUGACUUUUGUUGUUUUGGCACUGAUGAAGAUGGGACAACCUGCCCUUCUCUAUCUGGUGCCAUGUACACUCAUUACAAGCUCACUUGUUGCUUGGAGGCGCAAAGAGAUGAAGAAGUUUUGGAAAGGAAGCAGUUACCAGAUGAUGGAACACAUGGAUUAUACAGGAAAUGAAGAAAGCACAGCAUCAGCCAGUGAACAGCAUGGAGGACAGUAACAUGUAGGAUCCUGAUUUAAAGUUGUAUUAAAAUUUUCUACAAAUUAAUUACAGUAAACUUGGUGAAGUUUUACAACGGAGUAUUUCCUACUCUGUGUAAAAGGGUUUUUUACUCCCAGACCUAUAUUUUUAUGAAAAAUAUUGUUUAACAUAAAAGUAAUCAAAAUAUAGACUUGCAUUUUUACAGCCAAACCACAGCUAGUAAAACCGUGCCUUACGUCGAUUUAAAUAAAAGGAUAUUUUCUAUGCAAUUUUCCAAAUGCGUUUCUAUACAGUAUAUUUUUUUAAAAGUUGCUUGCCCAUAUCAGUUUGAUGCAUUAAAUGUUUUCUUAAAAUUUUGUUUAAAGCUAGUCAAGUUUCAUUUAAGAAAAUGAUACAGUACCCUUCAAAGGACUGAUUUAUAGUAAGGUAACUAAACAAUGAAAUUAUAGUUCCAUUUGUACAAGUAACUGAAUAAAAAGUGCAUUUUUAGUCUUUGUACAUUGUAAGCCAUAAAAUAGAUGACGAGGCAAAUUUAGCUUGAAGUUGUGAGCUGCUUGCUCAACACCCCCCAUAUCAUCACUGGUUAAUGCCUUAAUUGUGAACAUUGUUAAGCUUUGAUGCAAGUUUUUGGGUAGUGUUCAUCACCAACCAGUUCCAAAAACAAAAGGGAGGGGGUACUUACACAGUAGUCCUGGAAACUUAGCGCAGUUCCUGGAAUGGUAAGCAAACAAGAUGGUGCAAAGGGGAGUUUGUCCAAGAAAUGCUAUUUGGGAGUUGGGGUAAAAUAUUAGUUCUGGGCAGAUUCUUCUCCUACCCAUUGAGUUUGGGUCUGUAUUUCUGCUCUGCUCAGAGGGAUGGGGGAAGACUUUUUGUUGUUGUUGAUGUGGCUUUUUGGUUUUGUUUGGGGAUUUGGGGGUUUAUUGUUUGUUGGCUGGGGUUUCUUUAGCUUUUGCAUCUACACCAUACUCUCUUUGUUUGGGGAAACUACUUGUGAAUAUUAUUUGCAAUUGAUAGACAAAACAGCAGGUUUGAAUAGUGCUAGUAGUGCCUGUGCUAGUUGAGGCCAGUGCAUGUGUUUUAACGUGUUUAAUUGUAAUUUGGUUCAGCUUUUACAGACUUGGAAAAAGGGGAAUAGUUUAAAUCAUUAGUUUGCAUUCAGUAGAGUUUGAGUUUCUUUGACACUUUUUCUUUUUUUCAGGAAACUACAAAUUGAGAGGGAUUAGACAUAGAAAACUUGUAUAGCUGUAACGCUAGCAUUUUACACCAAAGAAAAUUGAGAAGGCAACAACAGGAAACCACUGAGUUCACUUAGUGCUAAUGUCAGGUAGUCAUUAAAACAUUUUUCCUAUUCUUUUAAUGGAUGUUAUUCCUAUAGUCAGUACAAGUUCAAGAACUCUGGCACAAACAACCAAAUAAGCACAUGCUGGGCAAUGGCAAUGCAGGCUUUUCUGCAGUGCCUCACAUAAGUGCCUCAAUGUCUGAAGGUCAACUCGAGACAUAGUUUGGGGCAUGUUGGCUCAGGAAAACUUAACCAGAUUAAGUCUAGUGUAGCUAGAUUUACUUUAGAAGUAUGCUAAUUGAGACAGUUGUACAUCUCUAUUGACAGUUAACGAAGGCUUACUGCAACUUUGCUUCUUUAUGUAACUUACACCAAGUUUAAAACUUUGUUCACAAGAGUCAGGAGCAAACUUGUAGCUUGAAUAUCAGUUGCUAUUCACACAGAUGCCAGUUGAUACUGGUAAAAUAAGUACCUUGUUUGCAGGUUCCUUAAGAAAACCAGAAAUUAGAGUUUUCAUCUGAGUAGUUACCCCUCUUGUCUUUCUUGACCUAAGCUUGAACUGGCAGCCUCAGAAUACAGUGAUCUACAUAUCAUACAUACAGCACUAUCUUCAAUUUUUAUUUGACUGGCACUUAAUAAGAAAUUACAGCAUACCUCAGUGUUCCAAUAGCAGAGUAAAAACUUGUCUUCUGAUGAGCUGUUAUGCUCUUUGACAAGUCCAGUAUCUGCCAAAGCGAAAUAGCUAUGAAGGAGGUUCUGAAAAUUCCUGAAAGAGAUAAAGGUCUUAACUCAAAGUCAUGCACUACUCAGAGCCCUCAAAAGCUUCACAGAUUUAUGUAGUAUGACCCCUUUUCCUCACUGAAAUCUUCUGCAUGGAGGAUUUAUUAGUUUUUCAGCUAUACAGGAUAAUAUACAGGAGUUAGUAUAAACAAAGGUGACCUUUGGCAACAUGAGUGCAUUCAGUAGCUGGCUGUAGAAAUUGUCUUGUUUUGUGCCUAAUUAUGCCCCAUGCCUGAUCAUGCCUAAGGUUUCAUGUACAUGUGCUGCAGUUUAAUGGGAUGUAAACUAACUAUUUUCUUUCAAAUGCUUAUGUGCUUUGUUUACAAAAAUUAAGAAUGGAGUUUAAAAUUUUAUAUAAAUAAUAGAUUAGUACUGACUACUGAAAUAAGGUUUUUGUAAAUUCAACAGAACUGAUUGCAAGACUUAGCAAUUUUGAAUGUUUUGAUAUUAAAUUUGGUUGGGCUAAACACUAUGUUAAAAGCCUUUUUAGUCAAACUACAAUAUUAAAACCUUACUACCUUUACAUUGUAUUUUUACUGACAACAGCCCCAUUCCUUAUGACUCUUAAUUUAUCACUUUGAGAAUGUUAUUAAUAAAUGUUAC